AUGGGAGGGUUUGAACUUUCCUCUGCAAAUGGAGAGACGAAUGAGCAACAUGGAAAUGCGCCCGAACGGAACGAAGGUCCUAGCACGAGAAACCGGACAUGGCGGAAUUGGCUCAUCGGCGCCGUCGGGUUCUUUUAUUUCGGCGGGGCGCAAAUGGGGCUAUUUGUGAUUGGCCAGUACAUUUACCGCCGGAUACAGAUAGAAGCAUACCCUAACAAGACAUUUCAGACAGGGAUUUCAUACUGUGAUUACAACAACAGCAAUCCCGACGUAUUACUUCUUGCUGGGGUUCAGAAGAAGGCCGCGCAUUACAAUGUGAUAUUUAACAUCGCCUCCGGAAUACCGGCCGUGUUUGUGAACAUCGUGAUCGGAUCCUACACCGACAGGUUUGGUAGAAAGUUUCUUAUGGUUGCAGCCAUGUCCGGUACGUUUAUCAGAGUUCUUAUCUGCAUGAUUGGAGCGUAUACAACAAUGAAAAUUGAGUUUUUUGCAAUCGCGUUCGGCGCUGAGGGUCUUUCAGGCUCGGUUUUUUGCUAUCUACUUGCAAGCUAUGCAUAUGUCGCCGACAUAACCACGGCCAAGAACAGAGCGUUUGGUAUCGUUGCGAAUGAAGUUGCGAUCGGUCUAGGCCAUACACUUUCAGUUGUUGCUGCUGGGUUUGUCAUCCAAGCCAUAGGCUUCAAUCAGCCGUUCAUUGUUGCGCUCGUGUGCAUUGCAGUAGCUAUUACAAUAUGUGUAGUUCUAUUACCGGAGUCUUACCCUAAAGAGAUGAGAGCUAAGCCCUCACAAACAUGCGUAACCUUAAAACACGCGGUCGGCUUCUACUACGCAUCAUGGAACUAUGGCUUUAGAUGGCGCUACAUUGUCGCCAUUGUUGUGUUCUAUUUCACCAUGUUUGACGUGCUCGGGCGUAACUCAGUGGAAACCCUGUAUCAGAUGAACGCCCCUUUUUGCUGGUCCCCUACCAAACUGGGGCUGUUCGGAGCAGUAAGAUCUUUACUGCAGCAAAUCUUCGGCAUGUUUGUUAUUGCCAUCUUGAAGAGACUCUCCAUGGAAGAUGAUACCAUCGCCAUUGUCGGGUGUGUUUCGUACGGGAUCAGCUUUGUGAUUGAAGGGUUUGCCAAAACUGACGUUAUGCUCUAUGUUGUGACGGUAGUGGGAUCCCUGGGCUUGCUUACGAUCCCCAUGCUUAGAAGUAUCAUGUCAAGGAUGACGUCCUAUGAUCGACAAGGUUCGCUGGCGGCGGGAAUAUCCGCCGUGGAAACAUUCUGCCAGAUGACGUCAAACGUGAUCACAAAUGCAUUCUACAAGGCGACAGUAGCCUCCAGGGGCGGGGCUGUGUUUUUCCUCAUGGCGGGAUUCAACAUCAUUAGUCUAAUUCUCAUGCUGUUUCUGAAGUUCGUGUCUCGCGGUGAUGCACGAGAGAAAAGGGCGAGAAAUUAUUCCAUUACACCCAUCUCGUUUGUGGAGAAACAACAUUUAUGAGAACCAUAUGCAAUGGAAACCACUCGUCCAUCUCUGGGAACCCCGGGACACUUCGACAACUAGCCGAAAGUAUUCAAAAGAAAUUGUUGGUGUUUUUAUUUAAUCUUAAGGUUAAAUUUUUAAAAUGUUAUAUUUCUUUAACAGACUUUUGUUUACAACUAAGGAAAUCAUUUUUAGAAAUUAAAAUACGUAAAUUUUAACACAAAUAUACACAUUUAUCGAAACCCAGUUUACUAAUGUAAGAGAACAAUUACGGGAAAAGGUAAAUUAUUAAAAUGCUUCGUGAAUACAAUCUGAGAAAGGAACAGAAUGUUUGUUGACUUUUGUGUCGAAGUUGAAACGAAAAGAUGUUCAUGUCGGCAUAAUGUGUCGAUGACAAAAAUGUGCAAUAAGCAGAAUUUAUUAAAUACUUUGAGAUUUAGUGAACAUAUUGUAAUGAAUAAUUGCUGUGAAAUUAAACAACCGAUAAAUAUUAGAAUCGUGUUCCCUUUUGAAUCAAAUGUUGCGGUAUCGACCAGGGAUCCUGAUUUUUAUGCUCCUCGAAUGAGAAGCAUAAAGUCGCCGCGUUGUCCGUCCGUCCCUCCGUCACACCCUUGACCGGGGAAUAACUUAAAAACUGCAUGUAUUGAUGGGAUCGAAAUAAAACUUGGUAUAUAGAUAAAUGGCAAUGAGAGAAAGUGCACAAGAACCAUAAAUAUAUCAUGCAUAUUUAUUAAGUUAAUUCCACUUAACCAUUUUGUUAAUAAUCGGUUUGUCCCGGCCAUAACUAAGAAAGUG